GGUGCGGGUGAGAACUGCAAUCUCGGUGUCGGUGGCGCACCGAGAUCGCAUGAUGGCCAAGUGGAGCCUCCGGCGGAGGCCGGGCCGCGCACUUGGACUCCUGCUGCUGGUCAUCCUGAGCUUCCUGGUGCUCCGCAGGUUGAACUGGAGCACACUGAUCCCAUCAUGGCUUCAACAUCGACACCUGGGUCUGCAAGCAAAAGGCUCCAACUUUAUGCUGGAGGACUCCACUUUCUGGAUCUUUGGGGGAUCCAUACAUUAUUUCCGUGUACCCAAGGAAUACUGGAGGGAUCGCCUGCUCAAAAUGAAAGCCUGUGGCUUGAAUACCCUUACCACCUAUGUUCCAUGGAAUCUCCAUGAGCCAGAACGAGGCAAAUUUGAUUUCUCUGGAAACCUGGAUCUGGAGGCCUUUGUUCUGUUGGCUGCAAAGAUUGGGCUGUGGGUGAUUCUGCGACCAGGGCCCUACAUCUGUAGUGAGGUUGACCUCGGAGGCCUGCCCAGCUGGCUUCUCCAAGACCCUGGCAUGAAACUGAGAACAACUUACAAGGGCUUCACUGAAGCAGUGGACCUUUACUUUGACCACCUGAUGUCCAGGGUGGUGCCACUCCAGUACAAACACGGAGGCCCCAUCAUUGCUGUGCAAGUGGAGAAUGAGUAUGGUUCCUAUAACAAAGACCCUGCUUACAUGCCUUACGUCAAGAAGGCCUUGGAGGAUCGAGGGAUCAUAGAGCUGCUCCUGACUUCAGACAACAAAGAUGGCCUGCAAAAGGGAGUGGUCCAAGGAGUGCUGGCCACCAUCAACUUACAGUCACAGCAGGAGCUGAAGUUAUUAAGCAACUUUCUCUUAAGUGUGCAGGGGGUUCAGCCCAAGAUGGUGAUGGAGUACUGGACAGGGUGGUUUGACUCAUGGGGUGGCCCCCACAAUAUCUUGGAUUCCUCUGAGGUUUUGGAAACAGUAUCUGCCAUCAUCAAAGCCGGCUCCUCCAUCAACUUGUACAUGUUUCAUGGAGGCACAAAUUUUGGCUUCAUAAAUGGAGCCAUGCAUUUUCAUGAAUACAACGCUGAUGUGACUAGCUAUGACUAUGAUGCUGUGUUGACAGAAGCUGGAGAUUACACUGCCAAGUACACCAAGCUUCGAGACUUCUUUGGCUCCAUCUCAGGUACCCCUCUGCCUCCUCCACCUGACCUUCUCCCCAAGAUGUCCUAUGAGCCAAUGAUGCCAUCUUUCUACCUGUCUCUGUGGGAUGCCCUAAUAUACCUUGAUGAUCCAAUCAAGUCUGAGAAGCCCAUUAAUAUGGAGAACUUGCCAGUAAAUAAUGGGAAUGGACAGGCCUUUGGGUACAUUCUGUAUGAGACCACCAUCUUCUCAUCUGGCAUCCUCAGUGGUCUUGUACGUGACCGGGGACAGGUAUUUGUGAACACAGUGUCCAUAGGAUUCUUGGAUUAUAAAACAACGAAGAUUACUAUCCCCUUGACCCAGGGUUAUACCACACUGAGGAUCUUGGUGGAGAAUUGUGGGCGUGUCAACUACGGGAAUAAUAUUGAUGAUCAGCGUAAAGGUUUAAUUGGAAAUCUCUAUCUGGAUAAUUCUCCUCUGAAAAACUUCAGAAUCUACAGCCUGGAUAUGACAAAGCAAUUCUUUCAGAGGUUCAACAUAGACAAAUGGAGCAUCAUCCCCCAAACACCUGCUGCCCCUGCUUUCUUCCUGGGUGGUUUGUCAGUUGGCCUCUACCCUUCUGACACAUUUCUCAAGCUGGAGGGCUGGGCAAAGGGGGUUGUAUUCGUCAAUGGUCAAAACCUUGGACGCUACUGGAACAUAGGACCACAGGAAACUCUCUACCUUCCAGGUGUCUGGCUGGAAAAAGGACUCAACCAGGUCAUCAUUUUUGAGGAGAUACUGGCAGGCUCCACAGUACAGUCUACUGAUAGCCCCUACCUGGGCAGGAAUCAUUACGUUAACUGAACAGCAGUCCAGCCAUACCUGCUUCCCUCCCCUACAGGGCACCUCCAUAAGUAGCAACCUCAGGGAGCUAAGGGCUACAGCCAGUCACCUGCCUCAGUCCAAAAUCCUAAACAUGGGGGGACCAAAGAGAGGGUGAGUGGCACUGGUUAGGGUCCCCUUAUAACUAGGUGGCUUCUCUCCCAGCUGUGAGGAUGGAGCCCUUUCUGUUUUCCUGAUCUUCCUAGGGAUGCUAGAGAGAUGUCUCUGUGAGGGUGGAGUCUGUAGUCAGAUUCCCUUCAGAGAAGGUGCUGAAGCUCAGUGGGGACGACCCUGCUUUGGAAGUCAAAGCGUACUGACACAGGUCAGCCCUUUGAGCAUUUCUAGUGGGCCAUAGCAUAUCCUGACAGCCUCUUUGUUUUCUUCAAUUUGUGAGUUUGGCACAGAGGAGCAUACAGAAAGGAUGUCUCACCUGAGCCAUCAACUUUAUCUUUUCUUGACCACUCUCCUCCAGCCAGUUCUGGGAUUCUAGGAGAAACUUUGAGAAACACACAUUUUUCUCCUUUUUGUUUCUUCUUUCACUGUAUCUGCUAAGAUGAGAAACUGAAUGCAAGAGAAGUGGGCAUGCUCAGUUACUUCUCUUCCCAAGCGAAGAGAGCACUUGCUGUUUUACUCAGUGAGGAGGAGUGUCACUUGGGGGAGGAACAGCAUCACCAGGGGAGGAGCUGGGUGGGGGUCUAAGAAGAAACCUUCCCAUAUCCAGGCUUUCAGGGAGGAAGGGCAGAAGGCCUGUGCAAGUACCUCCCAGUGGAAUUGGGAUAGCCACGAGGCCCACAGGUAUAGCACAGGCCUACUCAGCAGACUCCCUCUUCCCUCUCCUUCCUGAUCAGUAAGGAGAAGGAGGGGCAGCCUUCUACUAUGCUGUACUAAUGUCCAAAUUGAAGGCUCGUCUAGAGAUUAAGUGCAAUGGUUUGACUUGGUUUUGCCAUCCUGAUUUGCAAUAAAGCAAUAGACUUGAAUCAAACCUUUGUGUAUGUUUGUCCAGUUUUCAGUGUCACUCUAAGCCAUAGGGAAAAGACGACCCUUUUGGAUCUGGAGGAUCUAAAGACUGAUGU